GAAAGAAGCAUGCGUUCAUAAAACUGCAAAAGAGUCUGAAGAGAGUGAAGUUGCCAGCUGCAGAGAAGAUUUAGAGCAACCUGAUGUCUUGAGACCUGACACACACAGUGAAGCCUCUGAAGUGACAGCUGUGCCUUCUAAGGAACCACAAGCUGAGGCUGAAGGCAAGGAACGUCAGUCCUGCAUCGGAGGACCGUUUUCCUCCGACUACCUCUCUGAAGCGUUUUCCACAGUUCCUGCUACCGGUGUUGCGAUGCCAAGAGAUGAGAAGGUGCAGCUGCAAGAUGAACCAGGUGGUCAUGGAGAAGGUGGUGAUAUCGUGUCAAACAUCGGAACAGAUGCAGGUUCAGUGACAUCAUUCGAUGUGGAGAACCUUCCAGACGAUGUUCUACUCUUGGUUCUCAGCUGGCUUGACAUCAGGACGCGUAUCAUCAUUGAGAGAGUGUGUCAGCGAUGGCAAGCACUUGCAAAGCGACUCUGGAAGGCCCAGUACAGGCUCUCCUUCACAGGUGUCUUCUCGAUCAGCCAGGGAAAGCCCUUGACCAUUGGCAUCCUGCGAGCUAUUCUAAGCCGCUGUGGCGAAUCCUUACGCCGGCUGGACUUGGCCACAGCAUCGCAUAUGCUCGACCACAAGGCAGUCAAGGCCAUUGGAAUACGCUGUCCCAACCUAGAAUACUUGGAUGCCUCCGGCGUACAGCUGACCAACACAUCCGUCCUGCAGCUAGCCAACAAAUGUCCGAAACUCAAGUCUGUCCUCUUGAAAGAUUGCUGUGAUGUUAGAGAGAAGAGCCUCCGGCGACUUCUUCGGCGCUGCAGGCGUCUGGAGCACAUCGACCUGACCGAGAUGUACGAGUUCACUGGGGAGUGCUUCAACAUAGAUGGACUGCGUCUGCGUCGCCUGAUUCUCCGUGGCUGUUCGGGUUUGACAUCGAGGGGCAUCUCGAGGAUAGCCACCAAGUGCACUUCCCUGACUGAGCUCCACCUUUUCGAUUGCUUCAAGAUUGAGGACCACGACCUGCGAUUCAUCUGCCAGAACCUGAAGACACUGAAAAACCUGGGACUGUCAAGGUCACUAUUUCACGCUACCAGCAGUGGUAUCGGUGCCAUCGGCAACCUGCAUCUUUUGGAACUCCUCGACUUGAGCAACAACCGAACUGUCGACGACGCGUCCAUGGCCUCCAUUAGCACUGGGUGCACCAAGCUCAGGUUCCUGGACCUCACAAACUGCGAAAGGGGUAUCACAGAUGCAGCAAUGAGCCAUCUAGCAAAGUGCUCUGAAUUGAAGGAGCUGAAGGUCAGCUACGUAGAAAAGAUCACAGAUGCCGGAAUGUGCGAUCUUGCGUGCCAUGGUCACCUACACUCGGUGGAAGCUCGUGGCUGCGUACUACUGGGUGAUGCAGGAGUGCUGGCCAUGGUCGAGCUGUGCCAGGAGCUAAGGCUGCUCGACCUCAGCGGCUGUGAGCACGUGUCGACUUCGGCCAUGGAAGCGUGUGCCGCCAUCGUGGCAGAGCGCCCACACGUCUUGACCGUGAUUGUUGGGGGAACAUCGGUCGAGCUAGUCCAACUUUCCACCGACAGCAAGGGGAAGUUGAAAAUUGAAUACAGUGAUUACUGUGUGGAGAGCUACCUGCCUACUGACAUGGAUUUCGACUAUGACGAAUACUGGGAUCAGGAGCUGUAUGAGUAUGAAGCUGGGUAUGACUACUGGGACCCAAGUGACUAUGAAGACGACGACGACGAGCUGAUGGCCGGGGACCUGCUGAGGCCUGGUGGCAUAUUUAUCGACCUGGACAACAUGUGGGACGUUGUUGAGGUUGAUGAUGACCUACUCGAUGACCCACUCGACAACUUCUUUGACAAUGACGGCCAAGCCGAUGACACACCCGAGGACUUGUUAGACAAUGAGGGCCCACCCGACGGCCCAUUAGAGGACUUGUUAGACAAUGAGGACCCACCCGACGACCCACUCGUGGACUUGUUAGACAAUGAGGACCCACCCGACGACCCACUCGAGGACUUCUUAGACAAUGAGGACCCACCUGACGAACCACUCGAGGGCUUCUUAGACAAUGACAGCACUCCCGAAGAGGAAUUUUGGAUGUAGUGAAUGAAACAGGGCCACACACACAAGUGUAUUGCAAGGAGGAAUGAAGUUUAUUGCUCAGGUGGACUAAUGCAGUGACUGACCGGCCCCUACUACUCAUGUCCUGGCAAUUUCGCACACCACCCGUGUUUCGCUGUGUCCAAUUAAUUGUUUGGGGCAUCUUGUUUUGCCUGUUUGCGUUCUGCUGAAACUCCAAAGCUGUACUCGCAGAUCUUUACAGACACACUCUGUGGACUGUUGCUUUAGUGUACAUGAGUCAUGCCGCCAGGUGUGUCAUGUUGUGUUAAUUUUUUUUCUUUCUUUCUUUUUUCUUUCGUGUUAUUGCUAAUCGGUUUUCUCUCCGAAGCUUUGUGCCGAGCUCAUGAGGCAAGUUGUUUGUCGAGAACCGGGAAAGUAUGUCAAGGUGAACAAUGAACUGUUCAGUAAAAAAAAAUGCAAGUGUUAUGUAAGUUGGGGCAGUCCUUCCACUACAAUUAGCUGUUGCGAAUCAACCAUGCACAAAUGUCUGGUUGUGGGGGAGAAGGCUAGGAAACUCAUUUAUGGAACAAUUCUAGGCCUUUAAAGCAGCUGUCCUUUUGCAAUACUCAGAUUUUUUUUUUAUCUUGUCAUUGAAAGAUUUUUGUUCUCAGCAAAUUGCAUCUCUUUUAACUUUCCCCGUCUGAACCAAGUUUUCAUCAGUUUCAAGCACAUACUCUGAUGAUUUGCCUUUUCUGGCCUACAAUACACCUUGCCUUAUGCUUGCUGGGCUUAGGGUGUACUUGCUUUUAUUUUUUCCUGCAUUCAGUGUUGAUGACUAGUCACACCUGUCUUGGAGUUUGAUAUGAUUGUGUAUUCCAUAGCUGAAGUAAUUUACGAGAAACGUAUAUUUAUUUUCUUGGUUAACCGCAGGCACUAAAUGACCUUUGGAUCUGAGAUUGGCCUCAAAAAUUACAAAUUAACAGCCCUACUUACCAAAAAAUAAACAUGAUUCAAGCCAUGUUUUUAUUCUACUGGAAGUAGCAUGUGUCACUGACUGUGAAAGCAUGGAUGUAAAGACGGUGUAGACAGACAAAUGAAAUUCUAAAAUUUGAUUCACUCUGCAGUAUUAGCAGCGAGUUGAAAGUGGUGCCUCCUUUAUGGACAUCUCAAUUCACUUUGUGAUAGACCGUUCAAUUGAGAGCCACUAUAUAAGUCUAAAGCUACAGACUGCUGUACACAACAUUCUAGUUUUCCUUGUUGUUUGCUGAUGUUUGACAAAAAAUAAUGUGAAGCAAAAUAAAAAAUGGGCAUCUUGUAUGUUUACGUGCCGUUGUGCUGUGUUGUAUUCUUGCAUUUCUGUUCAAAUCUCAAGCAGUGUUUUCUCAGUACAGACGUUUUUUUAUGCUUAUUGCUGAGCACAAUCUGCAGCUCCCAGGUGUGUGCCCAGAUAUUAUUAACAAGCUUUACGUGGUCUCAAGUUUU